ACACAACAGACGAAAAGCAUUGACUCAGGAUGCAGCUGGAUGCAGCGGAGGAGUUAUACUUGACAUGUGUGCUAGCUAUGCUUAUGGUGGUUUAAGCAAGUAUAUUUGAGCUGCAGUCAUGUCUUCUAAUACCAACGCUUCUGGUGGGAUUCAUGGAAUACUUGUUAAACUACACGAAUCACUUACUGACGAAGACUUAAGGUCUGCAGCUUUCAAAUGCCAGGACAUUAUAGGUGAUCUUGGACAGGAGUGUUUGCUAUCACAAACUGAUAAUGAACUUGCCCUGCAAACAUCCUUGCUGUUCUCAAAGGACUGUGGACUUCUCACCUUCCUCAGAAAGUCCCUUGGAAUAGAUGAGCUUCGGGAAACAAGGGUUGAGAUUAUAAAUUUCCUGGAAAAGUUCCUGCAAAGAAUGUCAUCACGGAACCGGAGCUGGGAGAAGUCUUACGCCGUUGAUAUACGGGACAUUUGCAUGGUUGUGUAUACAAAGGAUAAAGGAGCAAAAUGCAGGACUCAAACUAUGGAGCUGCUCCUAAAGGUUCUUUAUCUGACCAAGUCUUCCAGUGUGGCAUCUGACUUGCGAGUCUGUGAAAUAUUCAACAGAUUCUACAGUGAGCUCUGUCAGAAAUCCAAAAUCCAAGAUUCUGUCCUUGGUAAAAUCUAUGAGUUGCUGGGAGCCCUCGGGGAGGUCCAUCCAAGCGAGAUGGUGUCCAACUCUGAGAAACUCUACAAGGCCUUUCUCGGAGAGUUGAAGGAACAGAUUACCUCUUCCACAAAAGAGCCCAAGCUGUUUGUCGUGGCAGGCUGUCUCAGAGGCAUCACCGCUCUGUUGGUCAACUUCCCAAAGACCAUUGAAGAAGACCCAGUCACAUCCAGAGACAUUUUCCAGUAUGCCUUGAAAACAAUCAGCCCACAGAUGGAGAUGAGUCGCUACGCUGUCACCUUUGCUGGCCUGAAGUUGUUGGGGAAGCACGCGGCCCAGUUUGGCAGCUGUUUGAUGGACCACUACAAGGCCCUGUUUGAUGUCAUGUCCAAACUCUGUGGCCACAUCAACGGGGAGAUGAAAAAGACGAGCUACUACGCACUCGAGGCCUUUCUUAAACAGGUUGCCUUCCUGGUUGCGGAGAAUAUCGAGGAGCACAAAAGCACGUUGAAAUUCUUCAUGCAAAAGUUCUGCUCCAUAAUUAAGACGAUGGACUCCACCCACAGAGAGCUCUCCAUCGCCAUACGUGGAUAUGGGUUCUUUGCAGCUCCGUGCAAAAAGGUGUGUCCCCAAGACGUGGACCUGAUGUACACAGAGCUGAUCCAGCGCUGCAAACAGAUGUACCUGACCGAGUCUGACGGGGAGGAGGAGAGCUUCUACCAGCUGCCCAGCUUCCUGGACUCCAUCGCCUGCGUGCUCAUCCACCUGGACAAGAUCCCCGAGGUGUACACGCCACUGCUAGAGCGCCUCCUGGUGGUGCAGAUCGACAGCUACCCCCAGUACAGCGAGCGGAUGCAGAGCGCCUGUGGCCGCGCCAUCCUCAAGGUGCUGGUUGCCAUGGCUUCCAAAGGGCCUGUACUGUGGAGUUUUAUCAGUUCAGUCGUGCAUCAGGGCUUGAUCCGUGUCUGCUCCAAACCCAUCGUGCUUACAGAGGACAAGAACCCGGGGACUGACCAGAUGCGCACAGGCAAGUGGAAAGUCCCCUCCAGCCUGGACUACCUGGACCUGUAUAGGAGCCUGCUGGACUGUGACCGUCUAAAGGACUCAGGAUUCCUGGACGGAGCGUUUGAAUGCCAGAACAGUGCUCUGAUCUCCCUGAGCCGUCUGCUGUAUGACGAGGUCAUCAAGUCUAUUCUGCGCAUAGUGGAGAAGCUGGACCUGUCUGUCCAGAAAGUCACCACAGGAGAGGAGGGCCCGGACGACGUCAACACCGUGGUGCUGGAGUCCUCCGACCCCACCGCCCAUCUCAUGCCGAACAAGGUCAAGGACUUCACCGCCUUCAUCAACCUGGUGGACUUCUGCAGUGCGCUGCUGCUGAGCACCCAUGCAGAGUACUUUGAGCCCUGGGUGUACCCGCUGAGCCACCAGCUCAUCCUCCACUCCAUCAGAAACCCCCUGGUCAGCGGCUUCUACAGGCUGCUGGCCGUCUCCAUGAAGAUGUCCCAGAGGAUCCAGUAUUACCAGGGAGUCGGCACCUCAACAGCGUCAUCCGUGGAGCCGGUGAAGACCAACUGCUUUGCCCUGCUUGCAAAGUUCGGCAAAGAGGUGUGUCUCCGAAUGAAGCAGUACAAGGAUGAGCUGCUGGCGUCCUGCCUGACCUUCGCCCUCUCCCUGCACCACAGCAUGGUGGCUCUGGACAUCAAGGCCUACUGCCCAGCACUGGAGGCGGCCCUGAAGCUGGGCCUGAGCCACGUGCCCCUGGCCAACGCGGCGCUGGACGCUCUGGAGGCCUGGUCCUCCUUCAUCCCCAUGGAGGUCAUGCAGCCCUGCUACCAGAACACACUGCCCCUGCUGGACGGAUACCUCAAGUCCAACUCCACCAAUGAGAAGGACGACAGCGGCUGGGAGAUGACAUCAUCGGUGUCGUCUAAAAGUGAGAAGGGAUACGGCCGAGUGAUGAGGAGGCUGCUGAAGCAGUCCAAACACCUAGUCAUGGAAGAUGCUCCCGUUGUCAUGGUGAAGCUCAGGGUCGUGCGGUUGCUAGGGCACCUGGGAGGACAGAUGAACAGGAAUCUGGUGACAGUGGUGUCGACGGAGGAGACGAUGAAGAAGUUUGUUGCCUGGGAUACGGAGAAGAGGCUGAGCUUCGCCGUGCCCUUCUCGGACAUGAAGCCAGUCAUCUACCUGGACCCCUUCCUGCCCCGCAUCAGUGAACUGGCGCUGUCCACCAGCGACAGACAAACCAAAGUGGCCGCGGGGGAGCUGCUCCACAGCCUGGUGGUCUACAUGGUCGGGAAGAGCGCCCAGAUGGUGGACCAUCCCAGCAGCCUGCCGCCCAUGUACAACCUCCACAAGAAGCUGUUCCCCGUGCUGCUGCGGCUGGCCUGCGACGUGGACCAGGUAACGAGGCAGCUGUUUGAGCCCCUGGUGAUGCAGCUGAUUCACUGGUUCACCAACAACAAGAAGUUUGAGAGCCAGGACACCGUUGCGGUUCUAGAGGCCAUUCUGGAUGGCCUGGUCGACCCCCUGGACAGCACGCUGCGGGACUUCUGCGGCCGCUGUGUGCAGGAGUUUGUCAAGUGGUCCGUGAAGCAGACCACGCCCGCGCAGCAGGAGAGGAGCCCUGCCAACAUCAAGUCUCUGUUCAAGCGCAUCUACAGCCUGGCCCUGCACCCCAACAGCUUCAAGAGGCUGGGGGCGGCCAUGGCCUUCAACAGCAUCUACAGACAGUUCAGGGAGGAGAAUGCCUUGGUGGAUCAGUUUGUCUUCGAGGUUCUGGUAGUGUUUGUGGAAAGCCUGGCCCUGGCCCAUUCAGACGACAGAUCCGUUGGUACGCUGCAGCAGUGCAUCGGUGCCAUCGACCACCUGAAGAGGAUCUUCCAGUACAAAGCUGCCGCUCUCAACCAACACAGCGCCAAGAGACGCACCCCAAGGGGCUUCCCAGCAGACGGGAAGGUGUGCCUGUCUGAUGUGGUGCGCUGGCUGCUGGAGCAGUGUGGCCGACCGCAGACCGAGUGCCGCCACAAGUGCAUGGAGCUCUUCUAUUCGCUGGUCCCCUUGCUUCCAGGUAACAAGGCCCCGGCCCAGUGGCUGGAGGCUCUGCUCAAGGAGCAGGGGGUGGCGUUCCUGAUCGGGCAGUUUGAGGGCGGGGGCCUGCUGAGCCAGCCCACCCUGCGGGAGCUGUCGGGCCCCUUCAGCGUGCGCACCACCCUGCAGUGGAUGGACCUGCUGCUGGCCGCCCUGGACUGCUACAACACCUUCAUCAGCCUGCACCUGGUCAAGCCCUACCAGGUCCUAGGUUCGGGAGAGCAGUCCAGCUUCCGGGAGGCCAUCCGGUUCUUCCUGACGGAGCUGGCCACCCAGGAGCUGUCUGCGGCCGAGGGCUGCUUCGCCGUGGGCCAGAAGGGCUCCGUCUUCAGCCCGCGGGAGGUGGAGCAGUACCACUACAGCAAGGGCACCAUCAUCGUCCGCCUGUUGGAGUUCGCCAGCAUGGUCCUCCUCAAAUGUGACCAGGCCCUCUGGAAGCUCUUGGAGCAGGAGGUGUUCUCCCCUGUGUUCUUUGAGCUGACCGCGGCGGUGGUCUGCCAGCCGUCCUCGGUGGGCUUCAACAUGGCCGACGUGGAGGUGAUGAAGAACCUGCCGGAGGUGUGUGUGCCGCUGCUGAAGGCCCUGAUGGCCUCACCGUACCGGGCCGGCCUGGAGAACAGCCUGGGGACCAAACUCACACGACAGAGUGUGGAGGAGCUGUGUGCGAUAGACCUCUACAAGGAAGGCAGGCAGAGCAGCCACGACCACAUGGAGAUGAUCCUGUCUGCCUGCAAGCAGAUCCACAAGGCAGGCUUCCUCAGCAGCAUUCUGCACAGCAAGGACGCGACGUACGCCUCGGACCUGAGCUCCAGGCUCCUCAUGACGGUAUACAAGGGCAUCGCCCCCGGGGAGGACAGGAAGGCCCUCCCUCCCCUGGACAUCAACAGCAGGAGGCUGGCAGACGGCCUGCUCCAGCUGGCCUUCUCCCUCAGCCAGCAGAGCGACUCCCUGGUGGAGCUUCUGCUCAACACCAUCCGGCUCUCGGUGCCGCUGGCUGGUGGUCGAGGCGGCAACAACUUCCUCUGCUUCUCCCACGGCGAGUACUUCUACAGCCUCUUCCAGACGACGGUCAACGCAGAGCUGCUCCGGCUGCUGGACGCCACAGUGCCGGCCCUCCUGAGGGCUGCCUCAUGCAACCCCAGCAUGGUCAGCGUCCUGCUCAACGGCGUGCUGGACCAUACCUUCAGGGAGCGCUCCAUCCGGAGGAGCCAGGGCAGCCGGCUGGUGGAGCAGGUACUGACCCGCUGGGACAGCCUGAGGUCCUGGUGGGCCACGGAGACCGCCACCCCGGAGAGUAAGACCGCCACGCUGCUGCUGCUGUCCAAGCUGCUGCAGAUCGACUCCUCUGUGUGCACCAAUAUCAACCAUGAGGCUUUCAAAGUGGUGUUCUCCACCUUCACCACACUGCUGGUGGACAAAACGCUGCCGCUGAAUCUGAAGAGCCAGGCCCUGCUGGUGUUGCCCUUCUUCACCACCCUGCCCAAGGAGCCCCUGGCCGCCCUGCAGGGGGCGCUGGAGGAGCUGGUGGCCUCUCACUUCCCCAUGCAGUCGGACGAGUUCCCCCGCGGAUCGCCGCAGCGCAACAACUACAUGGACUGUGUCCGCAAGCUCCUAGAUGCCCUAGAGCUUUCUCAAAGCCCGCUGUUGCUGAAGCUCCUAGCUGGGGUGUUGUGUCAGGACUCCAAACACAUCAUGGAGGACCAGUUCCAAAACUGUUUCCAAAGCAUCGCCAAGCGGUCCAGCCCGGAGCGGCAGCUGCAGCUGCUGUGCCUGGUGCACGGGGUGGUCCAGCGGGGAGACCUGCCCCUGCCCUCCAUGCUCCAGGCCAUGAUGGAGCGGGUGCUGCUGCCGCUGGCCUCCCACUGCAGCCCCGGCGCCCUGGCCCUCUUCUUCCUGGAGAACGUCUCGGACGUCAUGGCGCUGCUGCUCUCGCGCUUCACCAAGUCCAGUGAAGACGUGUUCGAGUCCCAGCUGCUGAGGAAGCUGGGCAGCCUGAAGCUGAUGGAGCUGCUGUACUCCCGGCUCCCCAAAGAGGAGCUGUACUCCAAGGAGUCCCGCGUCAACCAGGCGUACUGCCGCUCGGACCGCACCGAGGGCAACGAGCUGUCCAAGGCCCUCAUCAAGUUGUGUUUCGAGGCCUUCACGGAGAACAUGGCCGGAGAAAGCCAGCUGCUGGAAGCCAGGAGACAGUACCACUGCGCCGCGUACAACUGCGCCAUCGCCGUCAUCAGCUGCAGCUUCAGCGAAGCCAAGUUCUACCAGGGCUUCCUCUUCAGCGAGAAGCCAGAGAAGCAUCAAUUCAUUUUGGAAAACCUUAUCGAUGUCCAAAGGGCUUAUAAUUUUCCAGUGGAGAUCGAGGUCCCGCUUGAGAGAAAGAAGAAAUACAUCCUCAUACGUAAAGAAGUGAAUGAAGAGAACGGAGAGGCCCCGGUGUAUCUCUCCUCCCAGUCGUACAUGGCCGACAGCAGUCUGAGUGAGGAGAUGAGCCAGUUUGACUUCUCCACGGGGGUCCAGAGCUUCUCCCUCGGAUCCCAGAACCCCGAGGGGAACCCGCGCACCGUCGCCAAAAGGCGUCCACAGGAGACUGAGGAGGCGACGGCGUCCCAGGACGUGUCGGUGGUUCUGGAGAUGGACGAGCUGAAUCAGCACGAGUGCAUGGCCUCCAUGACGGCCCUGAUUGGUCACAUGCAGCGGAGUGGCAUCACCCCCAAAGUGGAGCAGGGAUCCACGCCCAGAGAGCUUCCUCCGUGGAUGAAGUUCCUGCUGGGCAAGCUGGGGAACCCGUCCACGCCUCUGAACAUCCGUCUCUUCGUGGCCAAGCUCCUUAUCAACACGGAAGAGGUGUUCCGACCGUAUGCCGCUCACUGGCUGGGGCCGCUUCUCCAGCUGGUGGUGUCGGGCAACAACGGGGGAGAGGGCAUCCACUUCAUGGUGGUGGACAUCGUGGUCACGGCGCUCUCCUGGAUCAGCCUGGCCAGUCCCAAGGGUAACCCCAGGGAUGAGGUGCUGGCCAAUCGGCUGCUGGAGUUCCUGAUGAAGCACAGCUUCCACAGCAAGAGGGCGGUGUUCCGCCACAACCUGGAGAUCAUCCGCACCCUGGUGGAGUGCUGGAAGGACUGUCUGUGUGUGCCCUACCGUGUGAUCUACGAGCGGUUCAGCGGCAGCGACCCCAACAGUAAGGACAACUCCGUAGGGCUUCAGCUCCUGGCCAUCGUCCUGGCAAACAGCCUGCCAGCCUACGAGGCCACCUGCGGAGUGGACUACGACAGGUACAUGCAGUCCCUGGCCAACAACCUGUCCUUCACGCGCUAUAAAGAAGUUUACUCUGCAGCCGCUGAGAUCGUUGGCCUCAUCCUGAAGAACAUGGCUGAGAGAGAUGAGUCUCCACAAGUCCUUCUGAGCCUGGCGGCCGGCAAGGUGUCGGAGCUGAAGAAGAAGGACCUAGACGACAAGUUCAUCAUCUGCCUGAGUAAAGUGUCAAAGCACUUUCCUCCCUUUAUGGACCGAUUCGUGAACUCUGUGUUCUUCCUGCUGCCCAAGCUGCACGGCGUCCUGAAGACCCACUGUCUGGAGUGCGUGCUGAGCCGCGCCGAGGUCAUCCCAGACAUCUACAUGCUGCUCCAGACCAAGGGCUUCGUCCAGAUGAUGGCCCACAGGGACGAGGCGAGGCAGAGGGUGUGUCUGGACAUCCUCCACAGGGUGCUGGCCCUGCUGACCCCCCCGCAGAUGCAGGAGGUCCUGGGAGCCGUGACGGCCUUCGUGUCCCACCCCUCCCCCGUCUGCAGGGAGAGGAUGUACGACAUCCUCAUGUGGAUCCAGGACAACUACAGUGAUGAGGAGAGCAUGGCUGACGAGACGUCGGUGAAGGUCCAGGGGGGCGCCAAGGAGACCCUCCUUCAGGGCCUCGUGGACGAGAACCAGGGCCUGCAGCUGUACGUGCGCAACUUCUGGAGCCAGGAGAAGCGUCUGCCCCGGGCCACGCUGGAGCGCAUGCUGCAGGUGCUGCACACGAUGUACUGCUGCCAGAUCGAGAGGUCCUUCCUCAGCCUGGCCACCAACCUGCUGCUGGAGACGACCAGCCAGAGCCCCGACUUCACACGCAACAUGUUCGAGUACCCGCUGUCCGAGUGCACCUUCCAGGACUACGUGAUCGACUCAAACUGGCGCCUGAGGAGCACGGUGAUGACCCCCAUGUUCGUGGAGACCCAGGGCUCCCAGGGGCCGGCAGAGAGCCAGGCAUCCCCCUCAUUGGCGGGCGGGGCCAGGGGCCAGCUCAGAGCCACGCAAGCCACCCUGGAGUUCACCCAAACACAGGCAGCGGGAGGGCGCCGCACCGCCUACAACUGGCUGACGGGCAGCAGCGUGGACACGCUGGCCGAGUACUCGCUGGGCUCGGAGUCCCUCUCCUCCUCGCUGCUGGCGUACGGCAGGCGGCCGGCGGCGGCGGCGGCGCGGAGGCCCACGGGGGAGGGCUUCGGCACCCGGCGCCUCACCGCGCCCACCGACGAAGGGGACAGCCGCAGCAGAGCGGAGAGCGAGCGGCGUGCGGACAUCCAGAGGCUGAGGCGCCGGUUCCUGAAGGACCAGGAGAAGGUCAGCCUGGGCUUCGCCCGGAAGGAGGUGCAGCAGCAGAGGCAGAGGAAGGAGGACCGGGUGGACAAGAGGCUGAGGAAGGAGUCCCAGGUGACGCUGUACCGCAGCUACCGGGCCGGAGACUUCCCGGACAUCCAGAUCCCAUUCAGCAGCCUCAUCGCCCCCCUGCAGGCCCUGGCCCAGAGAGACGCCAUCCUGGCCAAGCAGCUCUUCAGCGGCCUGUUCGCGGGCAUCCUGGGGGAGAUGGAGGAGCACAAGUCCGUGGAGGAGGCCCGGCAGAUCAAGGAGGAGCUGGUGAGGGACCUCGACUCCUUCCUGAGCCGCAGCACCCUCUGCUUCCCUCCCUUCGUGGCCUGUGUGCAGGACAUGAGCCUCCAGCACCGCGACCUGCUGCACCUCCAGCCGGCCUCCAUCAGCUCCACCUGCCUGGCCAGUCUGCAGCAGCCCUCUGGCAUCCUGCUGCUGGAGAAAGCCCUCCGAGAGGCCAGCGGGGGCAGCGCCGAGCCCCCCACCAAGCGCUCCCGAGGACGCAAGGAACUCCCCCCGGACACGGAGAAGUGGAUCCACCUGGCCAGGCUGUACAGAUCGCUGGAGGACUACGACGUGGUCCGCGGGAUCUUUGGCGGUAAAAUCGGGACCAAGGCGAUAACCUGCACGGCACUCGAUGCUGAAGCCAACAACGACUUUGCAGAGGCUGUGAAGCUCUACAACGAGGCUCUGAACCAGGAGCAGUGGAGCGACGGCGAGCCCACGGAGUCGGAGAAGGACUUCUGGGACCGGGCCGCCAUGGAGGCCUACAGCCACCUGACGGAGUGGAAGUCCCUGCAGUACUGCUCCAUCAUCAACGUGGACGACAGCCCCGAGCCCGACCUGGACAAGAUGUGGGCCGAGCCCUUCUACCAGGAGGUGUACCUGGGCCACAUGGUGCGCAGCAUGCUGAAGCAGCUGCAGCAGGGCCAGAGGGACCAGGCUCUGCUCAGCUUUGUGGACCGCGCCAUGCGGGUGGAGGAGCGCCAGCGGCUGCUGGAGAGCCACCACAGCCAGGAGCUCAGCCUGCUGUACGUGCUGCAGGACGACUACGACCGCGCCAAGUACUACGCCCACUACGCCAUGGAGCUCUUCAUGCAGAACUACUCCAGCGUGGACACCCUGCUGGGCCAGAGUCGUCUGACCAUCCUGCAGUCAGUGCAGGCGCUCACCGAGAUCCAGGACUUCCUGCAGUUCAUCAGAGGAGACGUGUCUGUUUCUUCUCUGAAGCGGCUGAUCAGAUCCUGGACGGACCGCUACCCCGACACCAGAGUAGAUCCGAUGAACGUGUGGGAUGAUGUCAUCACGUCCAGAUGUUUCUUCCUGGACAAGAUCUGUGAGAAGCUGGGCAGCCAGGGGGACAGCGUGGACGUCCUGGUCAACAACUGCAAGUUCGACAUGAGGCUGCGCAUGGCGGACAGUGCGUGGAAACAGAGUAACUUCCCGGUGGCCACCAAGCUGCUGAAGGAGCUCCAAAGGGAGGCCAAGACGCAGAGGGGAUGGUUCCUGCAGUGGGUGCACUGCUUCAGCCGCUUCAGCCACAAACGCUGCCUGACUCAGGGUCCCGUGGAGCAGAUCACGACCAUGCUGAAGAGCAUCCCACUGCUGGAGGAGCUGGAGUCAGACUGCGCCUCGGCUGCCGCCCACAUCUUCCGGGACCAGAAGAUCCUCCAGGGCACCUCGUACCACCUCCUGGCCUCGGCGGUGGGCAGCAGCCCCUCCGUCCUGGAGGCCGUGGAGACCAGCAAGGCUGAGAAGGUGCUGAGGCUCGCUGGGUCCUCCGCCUCCACCAGCCAGCCAAAGGCGGUGGUGGCGGAGCUGCAGCUGCGGGCGCUGCACCUCCUGGGGGGAGCCAGCAGGAAGGCGGACGAGGAGCUGCUGUCGUUCAGCAGCGGCUGUGUGGAGAGCGCCGGCGUGGCCCACACCUACAUGACCCUGGCCAACUUCUGUGACCAGCUGCUACGGGACGAGGAGCGCAGCGGCGCCGUGAGUGAGUUCCCCGAGCUCUCUGUGCUGCCCCUGCACGUUGUGGAGAGCACCCUGAAGGCCCUGAAGCUGAACAGCGAGGACGCCCGUCUGCGCUUCCCCCGCCUGCUGCAGAUCAUCGAGCUGUACCCCUCCGAGACCCUGGACCUCAUGACCAAAGAGAUGGCAACGGUACCGUGCUGGAUGCUGAUUGGCUGGAUGAGUCAGAUGGUGGCCCUACUGGACAAGCAGGAGGCGGUGGCAGUGCAGCAUUCGAUAGGCCAGAUCGCGGAGAGCUACCCCCAGGCCCUGGUGUACGCCCUCAUGGCGAGCAGAGAGAGCUACCACUUCCAGGACUCUGCCGUGGGACACAGGCAGCAGGAGUUUGUUAACAAACUCACUAGUCUUCUGGAUAAGGGCGGAGCUGUACAAAACUUUGUAGACUCUCUUCAGCAGCUCACAAACCCUGAAAUGCUGUUCAAGGAUUGGUGGGAAGAUGUGAAGAAUGAGCUGGAAAAGCCGGAUUUUGACAAGGACAAGAUGGCCCGCUUGUACAAGGAAAUGCAGGCGUCCCUCGGGAACACCAGAGCUGAAGGAUGUGGAAGUUUCCGGAAGAAAUUCAGCCAGAAAUACUAUAAAGAGUUGGAGAAGAUACUGGGGCCCCAGGGGACAAAGCUGUUUGAGAGCAGGAAGGACAAGAAGCUGAGGAUUCAGGUGGAGGACCUGAUGAGGGACAUGCGCUUCUUCCAGAAGGAGCCAGGCAACCUGAAGGAGUAUUCCCCCUGGCUCAGCAGCUACAAGGCGGACGCCUUCCGCAACCAGCUGGAGGUCCCAGGACAAUACGACGGCCGGUCCAAACCCCAGCCCGAGUACCACGCCAAGAUCACCGGUUUUGACGAAAGGGUGAAGGUCAUGUCGUCCAUCCGGCGUCCCAAGCGGCUGAUCGUCCGGGGCGACGACGAGCGAGACCACCCCUUCCUGGUGAAGGGCGGCGAGGACCUGCGGCAGGACCAGCGCAUCGAGCAGCUGUUUGGCGUCAUGAACACCAUGCUGGCAGGCCACGCCCCCUGCACCCUGCGCAGCCUGCAGCUCCGCACCUACCAGGUCAUCCCCAUCACCAGCAGGAUCGGCCUCAUCGAGUGGAUGGAGAACACGUGCACGCUGAAGGAGCUGCUGGCCCGCAGCAGGACUCCAGCGGAGAGCAGCGUGGACAUGAGGCCGUUUGAAGUUUAUGAUGGUUGGAUAUCCACCUUUGCUCCUGGCAAGGACGGUGCACAAAAAUAUCCAGAUGUUUACAAAAAGGCAAAGCGUGCAGACGCUGUCAACAACUUCAUGAAGGUUAUCCAGCUCGUCCCGGAGGAUCUGCUCAGGAGGGCGUUUGUGAGGAUGAGCACCAGCCCCGAGGCCUUCCUCUCUCUGCGCUCCCACUUCGUCAGCUCCCACGCGCUGCUGUGCGUCAGCCACUGGAUCCUGGGCAUCGGCGACCGCCACCUGUCCAACUUCAUGGUCAACACUGAGACCGGCGGCAUGGUCGGCAUCGACUUCGGCCACGCCUUCGGUUCGGCCACGCAGUUCCUGGUGGUGCCGGAGCUCAUGCCGUUCCGGCUGACCCGGCAGUUUGUGAGCCUGAUGGAGCCGCUGAAGGAGGCGGGUCUGAUCCAGAGCGUCAUGGUCCACUCCCUCAGGGCCUUCCGCUCCCAGCCCGAGCUGCUGCUCAACACCAUGGACGUGUUCGUCAAGGAGCCCUCGCUGGACUGGAAGAACUUUGAGCUGAAGCAGCUGAAGAAAGGCGGGACUUGGACCUUAACCGUCAACACCAAAGAGAUCAACUGGUACCCGCUGCAGAGGGUGGACUUUGCCCGCAGGAAGCUAGAGGGGGCCAACCCUGCCACCAUCACCAGCGAGGAGCUGAGGCUGGGCCUUGAGAAGGACCCCGCCUUCCCCGGGAUGCAGCGGGUGGCGCUGGGCACGGAGGAGCACAACGUGCGCGCCCGCCUCCCAGCGCUGGGCCUGACGGUGGAGCAGCAGGUGGCCUGUCUCCUGGACCAGGCCACCGACCCCAACCUGCUGGGCCGCGUCUGGGGCGGCUGGGAGCCCUGGGUCUGAAGGAGUGGUAUUGCCUCGGGAAGAUUAUGUUGAUAUCAUCAGCGCCCGUCGAAACAACUUCGAUAACUUUAAAGUUAUCGUGCUCUUGUGCGGUUUUUAUGGCACUUAUGUUUAGAACUAGACACAUAUACAGUUACAACUGUGUGGUUAGAAGUAGUCAAGCUAUGGUAUGUUGCAUUAUUUGUGUCCUGUUGACAAUUUUUAAUAAAAGUCCUAAAGGUACGCUGUGUAAGAA